AUGAAUCGUACCACGUUCCACAAAGGGACCCCUAUGGCCAAUUCAGCUCUCAUCGGUAUAUUGUUGUGUGCUCAAAGAAACUUUUUGAAACCAGUUCGCAUUGCAUGGCAUGAUGGGUCGGAACUGGGGAUGGAGAAGGCCUCCGCGGCCUUCUCCGCAGCCUCUCCAGAAACUUUUAUUUCCCUCGGCGAACGCUUCCGGAAACGUUCAGGCGUUGACGCCUUAAGGAUUGUUGUUUUAGGAUUGACGUCAACCCUAAAACAACAAUCCUUAAGACCUUGUGCUAUGUGCUAG